AUGCACGUAGGUGGAGAAUGGAUUGAUAAAUCCAACAAAAUUGACGUACUUAGCCCUUUCGACGGUUCAGUUGUUGACACUGUUCCCAGAGGCGAUACAGGCGACGUUGAAACCGCUAUUCAAACCGCAGAACGCGGCGCAAAAAUCAUGGCGGGGAUGACAGGCUAUGAACGUUACGAGAUUCUGCGUAAAGUUGCGGACUUGAUGGUGGAACGGGCGGGUGAACUUGCCGAGGUUAUCACCCGUGAAGAGGGAAAAAUCCUCGCCGAGGCAACAAUUGAAGCCACCCGCGCUUCCGAAAUUAUCGCCCUCUCUGCAGAGGAAUCGAAACGAUUGACCGGUGAAACGAUUCCCCUUGAAGGUGCACCCGGUGUCAAAGGCAAACUCGGCUUUACUGUGCGCGUACCGUGUGGUAUCGUUGCUGGCAUUAGUCCCUUCAACUUUCCACUGCACCUUGUCUGCCACAAGGCUGGUCCUGCAAUUGCUGGUGGAAACGCGAUUAUCAUCAAACCCGCGACAGACACACCGCUCUCCGCACUGAAACUGGUGGAACUCUUUUUGGAAGCAGGCACACCGCCUGAGGCAAUUCAGUGUGUGACGGGACCCGGCGGCGAAAUCGGUGAUACCCUCUGCGGAGACCGUCGCGUCCGAAAAAUUACUUUCACCGGUAGCCGUGAUGUCGGCGAGCAUAUCUGUAAGGUCGCAGGGUUAAAGCGCGUCACGAUGGAGCUCGGCUCGAAUUCACCGCUCAUCGUCAUGCCCGAUGCGGAUCCCGAAAAGGUCGCUCGUGCAGCGGCGGCGUCCGGUUAUUCUAAUGCAGGACAGGUCUGUAUCUCAACGCAGCGCGUCAUCGCACACGAGAAAAUCUACGGUGAUUUCUUAGAUGCAUUCCAAGCCGAAGUCGCUCAAAUCAACACCGGCAACCCCUCUCACAGAAGGAACGCGGAUGGGGCCGAUGAUUCGAGAAGGCGAUGCCGCCCGUGUCGCCGAAUGGAUUCAGGAGGCUGUUGCCGAUGGAGCGGAACUCCUCACCGGUGGAGAGAAGCAGGAUCAAUUUGUUACACCUGCCAUUCUCGCCAACGUCAAGCCAGAGAUGAAGGUCUCCUGUGA